CCAGCGACCCGCACAUCCUCGGAUGUUUCCAAUGCAACCUUCAUCCCCGACAAGCAACACAGCACAACCGCAACGGAAUACAUUCUCUGUUGCGGAUCUAACGGCGAAAGGAUCGCGUAAUCAUCCACGAGUGAGCCACGCCUGUCAACGGUGCCGCGCAAAGAAGGCCAAAUGCGAUCAGCAACAGCCGUGCCUGAAUUGCAUUAAGCACGCUGCUGAUUGCGAAUAUGGCAUCAAAAGGCGCAGUCGUCAGAAAAAGAAGCAAAACUAUGGAAACGUCAAUGAAACGCUGAGUGCUCCUUUGUCUCCAGGAUUUGCUACCAGGAGUCAAAUUCCACCGAAUGAAGGCGAGUUGCAGGAGCCUCCUCGUGAUACAGCACCAACUGGUUUUGCAUCUCGGGCCUUAUCCGAAAAUGCUUUAGACGUAGUAGGCGAUAUUAAUCAGCGCACUCAGGGUACUGAGUUCUACGGCACAUCGUCUAAUUUUGUGCUCCUGAACGAGCUCUUUUCAUUUGCCCGACAACAUGGUCUCUCCAGCUAUGUGCGCUCCGACGUUCAUGGAUCAACGACACAUCUUUUCCCUACCAGCAACAAUGGCCAUAACGAGUCACAUACUCCCAGUGAAAAUCAGCUGUCGAUUGACAACACUCAAAACGUUCAACCCGACCUGGCAGCCUUGUCCCAAGAUCGGGUUUCUAUAAUUAAUAUUCUGUCAAACGAAGAAGUGCCCUCACCACCAUCAAGACCAAAGACGCCUCCGCAUAUCGCAAUUGACAGACAAGGCGAGCUAAGUAAUAGGAUGCCGACAUGUAGCUGUACGGCGAAUGAACUUUUAGGCUCAACGCUUCGCGAGGGACUAUUGGCCGUGCCUCAAAGUGCUAGACCUGAGUGUACCGUUCAUGCGAUCAAUUCUCCAUGCCCCAAUACAGUUCGCAAGGUUCGGGACCACGUGUCAUCAUCUACUCAGGCUCUGAAAAGACGUUUAGAAAAGUUGUACAUCCAAAUCUUCUUCCAGAACUUACACUAUGUCCAUCCCAUGCUUGAUCCAGUCCAGUUUGAAGAACGAUGCGAGAGAGAAAUAUGGGCCCGACAAACCACCAUUGAAAGAUGCAAAAGCUACAGACACUUCUCUGCGCUUUAUAACAUUGUUGUGGCAGUGGGUGCCCUUAUCGCGGGUAGAAACAUUCUCAAAGAUUUGGGACAGGACAUGCAGACAUAUGUAGCAGGAUUGGCGGCGCCUGAACGACAGAUUUCUUCUCAGACAAUCUCCCGCUUGUAUUUUCGACAAUCUAAGAAUCAGUUGGGGGAUACAUAUGCAGUAUGUUCCUUGGAAAGUGCACAAACACUACUUCUAAUGUCACUCUACUGUCAGAACUCUCAUAUGCCACACACAUGCUACAUGUACUGUGGUCAGGCCGUUCGUACCGCUCUCGCGAUUGGCCUUCCAAACGAAUCCAUGUCUAGGUCAGCAGAGGACCGAAAAGCUGCGCGGCGUACUUGGUGGUGCAUAUAUUCCCAUGAAAUCGAUAUGAGCUGCAGCUCAGGGAGAAGGGACAGCCUAAGGAAACCACACAGUUAUCAAACCCCGCUGCCACUCAUCAAAAACCGGAUGGACGAUGAUCUUGAUACCUCAGAGGUUGAGCACAAAAGCGUUGCCAUGGUAAAUGAGAUGGUACGCUAUGCUGCUAUCCUUCGCCGCAUAUCUAAAGAACUAUAUCAUGAUGCCAAGGGCCUCACAUUAUCGGAGAAGUCAGCAAUUGCAAACGAGCUCGAUAAUCUUCUUAGCGAUUGGAAAGCCAAUUUACCCGAAUGGCUUGACCUCGACAAACUCUCUUUCCGAGAGGAAGAGUGGGCAGGAAAACUUAAAGUUGUUUUACAAUUGAGGUACCUGAAUGCGAGGAUACUCGUACAUCGAAUAUUCUUGAUUCCGUCCACAAAUUAUGCGUUGGAGAUGUCCGGUCAUGUUGGACACUGUCUGAACGCUGCAAGAGAGACAAUCCAAGUUCUCCAUGAUGCGUACACCCAUCGUCACUACUUUCGCACAUGGUGGUACAAUUCGACGUAUACUCUGUACGCCGGCAUGAUUGUUCUAUAUGCCAUCAUGCUCCGAGCCACUGCUUUGCGAAGUGAGGACCUCUUGAAGGAUGUUAUCAAAGCUCAAAAUAUCCUACAGUCGAUGCAGGAAGCUUCAGUGGCUGUAAGGAGUGCAGAAUUAUUGCGAGAAGGGGUGAAAAUUGCUCAGUCGAUGAGCCAGCGCAACUCAGAUAUUUCUGUUCCACUUCCUCAUGGCCACACAGACCAGGCCGACUAUGAACCCCAAAGUCGAGGGAACUUCAACGUCCUAGGGCCGAACUUUGAUUACCAUUUCCCUAAGACAACCUUCGAUGCAAAUGGGCAUGUCACAGACCCUGAAACGCUAUUCGCAUCAUUUAUAGACCCCUGUUUGCUACAGGAUUUCACAACGGGGUUGAACGAUCCAGCAGAUAUAGGUACCUCUGCAUUCCUAUUUGAUGAUCUUGAAAACGAUAGAUCAAGUGUUUAUCAAACAUUACAGCCUGGUGGCUAA